GUGAAAUUCAUGCAUGAAUGGCUUUGAUCACGAUUUCAGGAUAUCCGUGCUCUGGGAAGUCUCGCCGAGCUGCUCAACUGAAGACGCACUUCGAAAAGCUGCUGGAAGAUGCAUCGUACACAGGCCCGAAGCUGAAAGUCACUGUCCUAUCUGAUGAUAGCCUGAACAUCGACCGCAGCGCAUAUGACAGCAGUCGCUCAGAAAAGCCAGCUCGAGGGGCGCUAUUCACCGCCAUGCAGCGGGAGAUGGGUCAGGACACGAUCCUCAUCGUCGAUUCAUUAAAUAACAUCAAGGGAUUCCGGUACCAAAUGUACUGCGCCGGGCGGGAGCUGAAGCUCAGGAUGUGUACUGUGUAUGUCGUCGCGCCGCCUGAGACGUGCAAGAAUUGGAACGAGGAGCGACAGGAUGGAAGGAAAUACGCACCCGAGACGCUCGAUAACCUCAUUAUGCGCUACGAAGAGCCAUCGUCGAUGGUCCGCUGGGACUCGCCACUCUUCACUGUAACUUGGGAGGACGAGGACGUGCCCGCCAGCGAGAUCUGGAAAGCCGUUACGGAGGGGAUCGUGAAGCCGCCGAAUGUAGGGACGCAGUCGGUCCCCAAAGCACCAACAGAUGCCUUGCACGUCCUCGAGAGCGUCACAACGCAGAUGGUCUCCGCGAUCAUGAGCGCCCAAUCGAUGAACCCGUCCGUCGGCGGCCCAGUCACCUUAACCCUCUCGCCCAUUCUCAAGCCUCGCCUCGUCCUGCCCGCACGGAACGUGACGCUCUCAGAGCUUCAGCGCCUGAAGCGCCAGUUCGUUACGGUGCAUAAGAAGGCGAUGGUCAUCGGGACGACGGAGAAGGGGCAGGUCGAGUUUGGAGAGGAGGGGGUAGCGGACAAAUUUGUACAGUAUUUAGAAGAGAAUUUCAGACCUUGAAGUGCGCGCUCA